CAGUUUCAGUUGGCCUAUGUUUCACCAUGGUGCUUAAUAUCCAUUGCUCUCACUCUCUCUCGCUCCACUCUCGUUCAACGUACAUUAUGGCGUAUUACGACACAGCUGUAGAUGACAGAAUCGUGAUUGAUUGAUGUAUCGUCGAAACAUGACCGUAUGCAGGACGUAUAUAUCUAAAAUACAAUGGACGGAACACUAUUAAAUAUAUCCAUCCUGUUACAACAAAGGGGCUUAGCAAUUUUGCCAAGAAUUGUACAAGAGGAACAAACAGUUUCAGAUGAGAAAAUUCCAAUGAGAUCGUCUGUGAGUGUGAUUCUAUCAAGCCCAGCGCCAGACACAAGCAUGUCCCAUCCAGAUUAUGAACAGACUGCCCAUGAUCAUGCUGCUGUAUUGCUACUUGUGAAACAUGUUGGAAAUCAGUUAAAACAGAAGAACUUUAGUCGUGUUUAUGAACGUUUGUCUCGGGUGAACCAUGUCAAGGUAGUUGACUCAGUGGGAGUGUCUCGAGAAGUAUCAGCUCGCUACAUAAAAGAAUAUCCUGUAGAGAAUAAUGACUGGGGAGACUACCAGACACAUCGCCGUUUGCUGGGACUAAUUUCUGUUGAAAAAUAUGACAAGGAACUGAAUGAAUUGUGUCGUGUGCAUGAAUCUUUGAAAGUAAAAUAUUCCUCAACUCUGUUUGAUUCGAGGUGUGUGUUAUUUGGUCCACCAGCUGAUACGAGUCCUAGUGAACCAAAUGUACUUUCAACGCCUUCAAAUUUUAAAACACGUGCUCUCUUUUAUGAAGACUGUGAAGCUUGUGUUGGGUUGGAAGACCAAAUCUCUGAAUUUCUGUGUUCCCUAUUUUGGGUUCUGGAAUCAAAAAGACUUGAACGCAGUAGGGAGAAGGUGGAACGUGUCAGUUUGCUUCUUGCUCCUUUUGAAAGAAAAGACUUUGUUGGUCUGGAUUUGGAAUCUCGCAGCAAUCGAAAACGUUGUGUGGGACGCAUGACCAAACAUCUAGGGGACUUGUCACUGCAGGCAGGCCUGGCAACAGAAGCGCUUAGUUACUAUAGUUCUGCUAUUGAUAUCUUGAAGGCAGUUGGUGAUUGGCUGUGGCUUGGUGGUGCAUAUGAAGGGCUGUGUGCAGCUUCUGUGGUUUUGCUGUAUCCAAAUUUGAGUAGGAGCUUUCCACUACAGCGCAAUGCAUCACUACAAGAAGGAAGUCCAGGAAAGCAGAGGAGUAGCUCAAUUUCCACAAAUUCAUUACCAAGUGACAUGUCACCAACAGAAGUACAGCAGGAAAUUCAGAAUGUUUUAUCACCAGAAGAUAUUCCUAAACGAUAUCGUGAAGCAAUUAUCCACUAUAGUAAAUACUUGAAUGCUGGAAUAAUUGAAAUGGAAGCAUGCUUCAAGGCAGCACGCAUUGCUGUGGAACAGGGAUGCACGCUGCAGGCAUCAACAUUUCUGCAGAAUGUGAUCUUCAUUAACCUGACUCUUAGUGAACUAGAGAAGAUACAGCGCUUCACAAGUUUAUCAGAUCUCUAUACUCAGAUUGGGUUUCAUCGCAAGGCGUCUUUUUGUAGACGUCUGGCUGCCACUCGUUAUGUGUCCGCUCAGAAUCCUCAACCCAACUGGGCUCAGUGUUACCAGUUGAUGUUACAGGCACUGUCUGGGCACAAGUUGCUUUUGGAUCCCACAGAAUUUCCCAAAGAUGGGUUGCAAGGUUGGCCUGCACUGCAAAUUCAGUUGUUACAAGAGCUGGUGGUGGCUGCAAGACGUAUGGGUCACUCGGCUCUGGCCACACGACACAUGACAUUCUUGCUGCAGACCAUGUGGGAUCAUCUUUUGCCUGCAGAACAGCGAGAUUUGGCAUUACAGCUGCAAGUGUUGGCAGCCCAGUGUGAAGGAGCACCUGUGCCCUUAGUUCUGAACUCUGGUGUCGUCAUACCACCGGCAAACCUUACUAACUUACCACAGAUAUGGAGUUUUGUACUGCGGGAUCUUGAGCCUCAGCUACGGCCACAGAAGAUUGAGAAAGUAAAGGAGGACUCGGGGCCAUUCUUGUUUACUCCAAUUCAUUUUGGCUCCUUGGAAAGAAAAACUGUUGUGACAAGCAGUAAAAUGGAUUACUUUUGGGUGGAGGGAGAUGUGUGUGAGGUAGCCAUGGAGUUGUAUAACCCAUUGCCAUUUGAACUGAAAGUAUUGAAUAUGCGUCUUCUUACAAGUGGGGUAGUUUUUGAGAGCGUACCUGUUUCACUGUCAUUACCACCAGAAUCAGGUCCACACCCAGUAAUUUUGUCUGGAACACCUAAAGAAAUUGGAGAGUUAGAAGUCUUGGGUUAUUCAACUCAUACAUUAGGUGUCAAAUCUAACUGCAGGUUACGUCAUAUUGGUGGGUUUCCACACCCUCUGUAUUCAGUUGAUGUUAUACCUGCCCUUCCUAAAAUGCAGGUGUUAACAUCUCUACCAAAAAGUGCUUCUUCAGGUUCUCUGGGAGAGACACUCACUGUGGUGAUGAGUACAAACAUAACCUUAUAUGCUGGAGAAAGUGCUGAGUGCAGUGUGACACUAAGCAAUGUGGGCGAUCUGCCUAUAGAAAUGGUGGAGGUAUCAGUGCACUCCACACUGGAGCCCUUGACACAGGAACAGGUGUUCCAGUGGAGCCAGGAGAACCUUCAGGCACAACUUCCUCUUCAGCCUGGAGCUGAUGCAAGCUUUACUGUCUACCUAUAUUCUUUGGCAGAUUUCCUCACANNNNUCUCAUUUGUAGAUGUAAGCAGCACAGCUUAUGGCAGUCAGCCUGCUAGCUUCUUGUCAGGUCCGAGCUCUCUUCCAUCUCGACUUAGCUCUCCUACAUUUGGGAGAGAACAGGCAUCAAGAAGAUCUGAAUUAACUGCUUCAUUCAGAUCAGGUGGUAGCAGUCACUCAGGAAGUAGCCUUGGGUCAUCUCGCUCACCCUUCUCUAAACUUGGUGCCCCAAAUACAUCAAAGACUCUGGAAGGCCAGUUAAAGUUGAGGUACUCUGGAGGAGCAGGACUGGAAUCCGGAUAUUGUCGGCUCAGUUCUGUUACUCUGAGUGUUGAAAUGUUGCCUUCCGUUCAGAUCACUAAUUGGGAUGUUCUUCCUGCAGAGACCAAUUCACAAUUCUACCUAGUUCUGGAUGUUGCCAACAUUACUAGUCAUGAACUGGAGCUGCAGUACACUCCAUCAAAAUGCAUCUUAAUCGAAGGAAAUGAGUCGUGUCGGAUCCCUGUACCAGUUAAUCGUUGUCCGCUUUCUAAACUUACAAAGCUUUAUCGAGGUGGAAAAAUAUCUGCUGAUGAUCGCCUAGAAUUGGAUCAGAUAUGUAGUGAACACGUUGCAGCUUCAGUGGACUUACGUUGGCAUAUUCUGUCAACUGGUACAAGGGGACGAGUCUCCCUGAAAGGAAUUACUCUGACUCCAGAGAUGCUAGAUCUUGUCCGCAUGUCACCAUUGCAGUGGGAAGUGACACUGAACUCACAGCCUGUGAAGCCUCAGGAAGAACUGAGUUGUCGUGCAGGUCAAUGCCUUCAGCUUGGCAUCUCUGUGCACAACUUCCUGGAGAGGUCACUGUGGCAAGUGUGCUUGGCAGUGCAGUUCUACCAGGACCACCAGAAUGGUGUAAAUAAUUAUCGUCUGGAGACAAGAUUAGCGAAUGCAGGAGCGUCCAAAGUUCUUCUUCCGGAGCUGCAGGAACAAGGCAGUGCGUAUCAUGAGUGCAGCAUUGUAUUCUUCACCCCUGGACAGUACAAAGUUGAUAUUCAGUGCUCUUCACAGGACAACCAUCUUACAGGAGACAAAUACCAGACCUUGAGUGAUAUAGGUCACACCUGGAAAUUUUCUCCGCCAGUUGCCAUAACUGUUAUUGAUGAUUGAAUUUGCUCAAACGAUUAUUUAUAAUGUCCUUGUCUCAGUCUGGUAAAGAAAUUCAUUAUAACAAUUAUGAGUUUCGAGUAGUAUGUAAAUAUUGUUAGAACUGCUAAAUAAAUUACAGUAGAGUCCAGAUUUUCUGACCCUCGGUUAUCCGAGAUUCCGUUUCAUCUGACGUGCCAUGUCGGAAUGCUCCAGUUUAUCAACAGUCGACUCAGCGUGUAGUGGAAUGAAUCACCUUCUACAUUUUACAUACUGAGACGCUGCAGAUGUUCUACUGUUCAGGCACUGGAAUGACCUUGCCACAAUGAAAACGAAGGCGGGUCACAAAGAAAUGCCCGUUAUUAAUUUCAAAGAAAAUAAAUUCUUUUAUUUACAAAUCUACAUUGAAUUAAACAUGAUUUUUGAGAG